AAAUAUUGAAAUUGCGUUUCAAAAGCCUUUCAUUUACUGUUUAGCGUUUUUAAGACCACUAUUUUGUGUCGAUUUUUGUUGUCAUAACUUUUUAUACAAAUAUAUUUUGAGACAACUUUUUGGAGCAAAAACUUUUGUGUUCUCUACUGUUAUCUCCGGUCCCAAAGAAAAUUAAUAGAUAACAAGAAAUUGGGUUUUAUUUCUCAAUUUGUGAUAUCAUUGGAACCGAUAGUAUGGCUCAAAAUAUAGAUGAAAUGAACGAGAGUUUGAGUGAAUUGCGAUUACAUGAUAACAGCGAUGAUAAGGGCGGCCACGACUUCGGAGAGGGAACCAGUUGUGGGUAUAACCGGUGCCGAAGUGAUGACACGCAAGACAUGCCAUACAUGAAUGACUCGAUGGACAGAUUCGGCGACGACCUGAUGGAACUGAUUCUCUCAUAUCUGCCA